CGUCGGUGAACGCAGUUGCGCAGCGACCUCUGCAACUGCCUCAUGUGCGGGGGUCAUCGGGAGAUACUAGUUGCUUGGUACUGUCGACGCAGUGCCAAGACGUAGGCGAUACCGUGUACUGUUACUUCUGGUACGCAGUAGGUUCAUUCCGUUCCUCUGUACACUUUUUAAGGACGCCAAUCACAGUCUCUGCGGAACGGGGCACUACCAUUUCUAUGCUGUGUCCGCAGUGGUUGCUGUGCCGCGCUGCAGCUUCAUAGAAUGUGCCUAGCCAAGGACUAAAGGUGCAUCGUGUGACUCCGUCCCAGCAGCUCGAUUUCUUAUGCUUCGGGAAACUGAGCCUUCGCUCAGUUGAUUUUCGACUUUUGGCUUCGACCAGAAGAGGGGAAAAGAGUUUUUAACUUCAAGAGUUUGGCUAAGACAACUGAGUCGUUGCCCAAAGUCAUCGUCCUACUAGGCAAGACCGGGGCUGUCACUGCCGCUGUGGCUGAGACAAAUGACUUCGUCCGAGCACUAUGUAGAGCUUUUUGUCUUGCGGCUCGAAUCAAUUUUUCUCGCUUGGCAGCGUUGGCUUCUCUAAAAAAGUUGUGCACUGGGAACCGCGGUUCUGCACUGGCACCACAGUGUGUCUUGUGGCUGGACCGCACAAUCGACGCAGGGUUCGCGACCAUCCGCAAACUUGCAGCGCGUUUCGGAGUCGAAUGCAUCUGAUGCCCUCCACAAAUUCCAUCUAUAUCAGCACGCUUCAAGUCUAUGGGCGUGGCACACCCGAACGUUAUUGUCUCGCUGGCGCGGUGUCUCCGUUGUGACAUCUCGUGGUUUGUCAAAUCCUGGGUUGCGGCAGCCGCGAAUCUUGUGUGCUUAUUAAGAGUGGUCGCCAUUGUGCGGGGCAAGCUACCUGAGCUGCGCUUGCGCUCUACUCAUUUCGGUGUUUCUUGCUGAAUUUAUUUCUUUCCAUCCGUUAUGGCGCUGCCUCUGGAUGCCUGGGCGACUGCAGCCCAUGGAAGCAAGGCAUAUGUCGCACGCAGUGCCGACGUAUCGCGCGGGGCGUGUUUCUCUCCUGCCGGUGUAACCCGAGUGUCUCACCAAGGAAUCGAACCCGCACGGCCUGCCGGCGUGUCAAGCAGAAGGCUGACCCAACUUCGCCUGGCGAUGUCACAGCAACCGGAAGAUCGAGCACACGCUCCUCGCGGUCCCACCGCCUACAGUUGUACGGCGCUCCGAGAUAACGUCAACGAAAUUCUACGGUCAGCAACGAUACCUCGUGACACUGAUCCAGUUGCUGCUGUUCUGGAUCGCAAGCGUGUGGACGACUACGCUGGUAUGCGUAGCGAUGGAAUCAAUGAGCUGCGGACGCCGUCUCACCGAUGGUCCGCGGAAGUUGGUAAAAAGCGUGGUCUCAUGACAAAGAAUGAGUCGGUUUUCGUUUCCGAUGUCCUUGAGCAUCACGGCCGUCCAAUUGAUGAUUCCCCCGAGUUCCAGCAUCCACGCGUCGCCGCGUACUUGCAGCAACAGUGUAAGCCUAAGUGCCGCAGCCUGCAAAGGCAUUAUGGUCCGGACGAGCUUCACAAAGCGUUCUACACCAAAUUCGAGGUGGUUGACAAAACCACCGGCCGGACUGAAAUCAUGACAGCACGACGGCCAGGUUCGGCAGCUGCGAUCAUCAGCCUCUGCAAUUUCGAUGCCUACAGUACGAGAUCGCACAAAGCUACUAGCGCUCAGAAGCAAGUCAGCAACAUUGAAAGUACACCGCUGGGUCUAGUGCCACGCAAAGGCGCGGAACUUCCUCACAAGCCGUCCUUUACUCAGACGGCGGCCAGUGUCUGCAUGAAACGAAGCCAGCUCCGUUGCCAGGACAGUUGGCUCACACCUAGCAGUGAUGCACCGACAAUAAGACAUCUGGGACAGAGCAGGCGCCACGUUGCGCUUCCCUGGCUUCAUCGGCCCACAAACAGGAUCCUGCAGCACCUGCCACAACCUCGUGUUCAGUCGCGUCUCGUCUGCCAGGUGGAUCACGCAAAAAAAUCCCCCUUGUGAUGCCCCAGAACAAAGCAAUCAACUUUGCAGCCUCCUGAAGCACGAAACUCGUGCAGUACCCCAGAAUGCCGUUAUUUACCGUCACUGUCUUGGGCAGGAUCACGAACAGUACCGGCUACACUGAAUUUUCGUCGUCUGUGAAGAUCCCUCUGGAUUCCGCCAGCGCGGGCGGAACAACAGUCAGAGCCUAGGGAGCCAUGCGGCCGGGAGUAGUAUACGGUUAGAGUUCGAACGUCGGCAAUUUGUUUGCGAAAACGGGGAACCACUAGGCCCAGCUGCAAUGAGAUGAGAAGACACAGAGAGCUGAGGUUCAAGAAAAGGCCCUGAAGGGAUGAAGUAGCGUUAUCUACAACAUGAAUGCGUGCUGGUUAUAUGAAUACCAGCUCACGAAAGACAUUUAUAAGGCAGUGGCAGGCGGUAGAGGUAUUGGACCAGGCGAAACGAGGCGAGGCAGAACAUCCUUACCAGUUCAGUCUAGAUCUUUGCUUUGAGGGGACCAUAGAGAGCCUCUUUCACAACUGAGGGAUACCAGUAGACUGAAACAACGUUAAGACAGUAGGUCAUAAA